CUAACCCGGAUGUCACGCUGGUGGAGCGGCACAGCGUUGGGGAAGGGUUAAAAGCUCCUGAUGGUCAGGAUGCGUGGUCAGCUGCGGCCACGAGACCCAGGAAGCAGAACUAGGUGUCCCUAGCCAGAGUGUGGUGGUUCGCGUUGUUAGCUGGAGAGACUCCGGCAUCCCUUAGGAAGAUCCCAGUGGGCAUAUUUGCGUGCGGGCGUUUUAAGAAGGUUUAACGGGGGAGGAAAGAGCCACCGCUUCGCCGCCUGGACCAAAUAAGAACGGAGCACACUAGCAUUUCUCUGUGUACGUUCCCGGUCUGUGGAUGCAACGCGACACCGCGCCGAGGGAGGCAGAGCCCCGCAGCUCUGAGCUCGACCACAGCCUGCUCCACAGAGCGAGCGGGUCCCGGGACCGCCAAGGCUACGCAGAGAAACCAAGACAGCGACGGAACUGUGGCUGGAGUUCGGUCCCCACCGCCGCCACCCCCGACCACCACCGCUACACACUCCACAUCUAUCCAGCCUUCGCCAAAAACCAGUCCGAACGGGCUGUCCAGGGGAUACCGUCCCGGAACUGCCGCGGAGCCCCGCCCCCUCGUUCCCUCCGCGAGCGCCGGGUCCCGGGCGCCAGCCCAGAGCGCAACUGGCGGAAGUGACGGCAUCAAGUGUGCGUCAGGCGUUCGGCGGGGUCGAGUCCGGUAGCGCUGGCGGUUAUCUGCUGGCGGUUUCACUGCGUUUCCGCGGCCGUGUCGUUCUCCCGUCCCUGCCCAGCGUCACUAUUUCAUAGUGUGUGAAGAUAACCCAGAAAAUUAAAGAAGUUUCUAAGGAAAUAUGCAGAGGCUACUCUAGAGAAACUGAGUACUGAAGAAAGUGAGAAUCAUGGACCAGAACAACAGCCUUCCACCUUAUGCUCAGGGCUUGGCCUCCCCACAGGGUGCCAUGACUCCUGGAAUUCCCAUCUUUAGUCCAAUGAUGCCAUAUGGCACAGGACUUACUCCACAGCCUAUUCAGAACACCAACAGUUUGUCUAUUUUGGAAGAGCAACAAAGACAGCAGCAGCAGCAGCAACAGCAGCAACAGCAACAGCAGACAGUAGCAGCUGCAGCAGCCUCAGUACAGCAAUCAACAUCUCAGCAAUCCACACAGGGUGCCUCAGGCCAGACCCCACAGCUCUUCCAUUCUCAAACUCUCACCACUGCACCGUUGCCAGGCACCACACCCUUGUACCCUUCGCCAAUGACCCCUAUGACCCCUAUCACUCCUGCUACACCAGCCUCUGAGAGUUCUGGGAUUGUACCACAACUUCAAAAUAUUGUAUCCACAGUGAAUCUUGGUUGUAAACUUGACCUAAAAACCAUUGCACUUCGUGCCCGAAAUGCUGAAUAUAAUCCCAAGCGGUUUGCUGCAGUCAUCAUGAGAAUAAGAGAGCCACGAACAACUGCUCUGAUUUUUAGUUCUGGAAAAAUGGUGUGCACGGGAGCCAAGAGUGAAGAACAAUCCAGACUAGCAGCAAGAAAAUAUGCUCGAGUUGUGCAGAAGUUGGGCUUCCCAGCUAAGUUCUUAGACUUUAAGAUCCAGAACAUGGUGGGGAGCUGCGAUGUGAAGUUCCCCAUAAGGCUAGAAGGCCUCGUGCUGACCCACCAGCAGUUCAGUAGCUAUGAGCCAGAAUUAUUUCCUGGAUUAAUCUACAGAAUGAUCAAACCCAGAAUUGUCCUCCUUAUUUUUGUUUCUGGAAAAGUUGUAUUAACAGGUGCUAAAGUUAGAGCAGAAAUUUAUGAAGCAUUUGAAAACAUCUACCCCAUCUUAAAAGGAUUCAGGAAGACCACGUAGUGUCUGACAUGUCCUCCUGCCUGCCCUACCCACUUGUUUUUUAAAACCAGUCAGUUUUGGUACCACUGAGGGUACAGUUGUGAGAAGAAGGACACCCAGUUCCAGGCGGCAGCCUGAAGUGACUCUGUGUCCUGCAGGAUGCUGGAAGGUUACCUCCUCUGCACUGAGAUCACCCUGCAGCAUCACUGUGAGUCGCUUGCUCUGCUGCUAUCUGGGCAGCGCUGCCCACUUAUUUAUAUUUAGAUUUUAAACACUGCUGUUGGUGAGUUUAUUGGUUUACGGGACAAAACUUUUACGUGUUCAAGCCGCCUGUACAAUUGGGCUUUUUAUUUUAGCCUUUCCCACAUAAGCCAGUUUUUAUAUUUCUACCAGAAAAGUAAAAAUCUUUUUUAAAAGUGUUGUUUUUCUAGUUUGUAACUCUUAGGAGUUAUUUUUGUGCCAGAUACAUUCCGCCUUCCCAGUAUUGCAGGACUGAAUAGCUGUAUUAAUCAAAACAGAUGGCUGUACAUACUUUUCUUCAGAGUACUCUGCAUACACACACACACACACACACACACACAAAUGCAGCUUAUAAAUUGUUAGAUUUUUGUUAUAAAUGAUACCUUGUAAGAGUCAUGUGAUCAUAUUGUCAAAGAAAUUUAUUUUAGAUAUAACAUCUGAGACCGUUGUUUUGUUUGCUGUUUUUGUUGUUGUUUUUGUUUGGUUAAUAUUUUUUGUCUGUUGCAGUGAAAAUGGACAUGCCACUUAUUUUUUGAUUCUGAUUGAACAACCUCUGUUUCCUAGGUAGUACACAGUGCGUGGGUUUUCAUCAAACUAUGUUUUGUUCCUUUUUCAACCUUUGCCAGAGCCUUGUCCAAGUUUCUAUAGCUGGUAAGGGACACAGGAGGGCUCUGAGUAAGUAAUUCAAAUGUAGGAUUCCCUGUCCACAGAUUGCUAGAUCUCUGGUAUAACAUUUUUGUCAUGCUGUUUUUAUCAUGAAAUACCAGGUGAGCAUUUAUAAGUCUAGGUUAUUUUGGGGGCAUUUUGUGUUUUUAAUUAUAAAAGUACAUUUUGCACAUUCCAGGGUAUGUAUAAUCAGGAAAAAAAUAUUUUUCUUUCCAUCCUCUUACCUGUUUAUGCAGGGUAACUUCCAGAUUAGUGAGUGUCUUUUAAUUCUUCAGCUAGCUUAUGCCUGAGCUCUUCCGUAUGCCUGAUGGUGGCAACAGAUAGGGAGGAAAUUCUGUAAGUGACUGUUUUCAGUUGGCAUUAGUCUCCGGAACUUGAGGGUUACUAGAGUACUAGUCUGAGAUAACAAGACUGAGAAGAUCUCCAUUGAACACCAGCAGUUACGUGAAUAAGGCUUUAGUCCUCAGUGCUUGCCAGUUACCAUGUAGUGUUAUAAAAAGUCUAAAUCCCAACUGUUCAAUUUUACCAGUAGAGACUCAGGAGCCAGAUGCUGGGGUGAAAGCCUACUGGCUCAGAGAGGCAGAGAAAGCACCCAGCUGACCUUCCUACUCAGCUCACGUCCCAGAUCAAAGCUUUCUCCUUCUCCACUGUCUUAAAUACCAUCUGUAUCCUUUCCCCAGACUCACUUUCCCUCGCUAUGGUUUUUUUCCCCUGUUUACUACUUCUUGUCAACUGGUUGCUCGUUCCAACUCUUGACCUUGGGUUGACUUUAUGGUAACCUGUGUACAGAAAGCUCUUGGGUUAAAGGUGUGGUCGAGGGCUGAGCCACAUCACAACCAUCUGUUUACAGUAAACAGAAAGUUCUUGGGUUAAAGGUGUAUGCUAGGGCUGAGCUGUACCACAAGAAGCAGGUUUCCAGUUCACACUCUCGGGGUUCCCUGUGUGAUCAAAUAUCCUGCAACAGCCAAAUCACUCAGGACCAAGUAUGGGAAAGAACUAUGGAGUGGGGGGGUGAUAGGGUGGGUAUUGCCUUCUGACUUGUGAAGUGUGGUGAGGAGAUGAUGGACUAGGGUGUCAAAGUCACCAGAUGUAAUGUGCAAUUCUGUCAUUUGGGGCUGCUUUUCAUCUCCAUUUUGGAAAAAUACUGAAGCAUAUGUUCUUUUGUGACACUUUCAUUUUUGCAGUCAGCAUUUUAGUUAUACUUCCACGAUAGACAAUAUGAUGUCUCCUACAUGCCUUUAUUUGAACCGUUCUCUUAGUGCUGGUCCUUUGGUACAUCCCAUGCACGUUACAGUGUUGGACCAGGUAUUCUUGUAUGUGUACUUUGAACACACACUAGAUCCCUCUAGGAUACUUUUACAAGAGGAAUUGCUUUAUUAUAGACCAUUUUUGUGUUUUAUGUGUUCUGAGUUUUGACAAAUCAGUACUAGAUUCCAACCCCCAAAAAAAUGUACAAAGUACCCUUUCUAGCACUUCCUAGGCAUUACUGAUAUCAGUAAUAUGUGAACUAGUUGGAAGGCAUCAUUUCUCUCUAAGAUUAUUUCUGCAUAUAAACAGGUUUUCUCUGUGUUUCUUUUAAAGCUUUAUAAUUCUUUUUAUUUGAGACAUUUUCUUUUCAU